AUGCAAGAAUAUACAAAUGAAAAGUCGACAAAAGAUGAAAAUCAAUUGAGAUUUAUCGAUUUCGCUCAUUAUGAGCGUCAAUCAGACCUGAGUAAAGCUGAAGCGUUUUGGGAGGACUUAUUUCAUGAUUAUGACUUUCACUUGCGAAUCAAUCUUCCAUAUGACAACAAAAUGAUCUUUAUUUCAUCUGGAUCAUACUAUGCAUUUGACAUUGAUGCAUCGUUGACAAGACAAAUCUUUCGUUACAAACAAAAGAUGAACAUCAACUUCUUUCGUUUAUUUCUAUCUGUGUUCUACUGUUACCUGUUCAAACUCACUCAAGAUAAAGAUUUCUCUGUUAUCGGUGUCACACCAAAUCGUCCAAAGAAAGAACUAACUUCCGUCAUUGGUCCGUUUGAAAACUAUGUUGUUUAUCGACAUGUUAUUGAUCCACAUCAAUCUUUCAAUGAAUUUGUUGCGAAAAUCGAUGAACUGUGUACGAAUAUCAAGGAAAACGCCGCUUACCCAUAUCAAAAUCUGAUUGCAUUUGCAAGAAAAUGUGGUUCACCUCAACAGCCCUUUUCACAAGUUGCACUUCGUGUUGAUAUCGAUGAUGAUAAAUGGAUUCUUGAUGUUGAUCAGAAUUUGGUUUUGAAUCAAAUACCGUUGACAAAUCACAGGGAAUUUCCACGCAAUACAAAACUCACUCCCAUUGAUCUAACAUUAGUUGUUCGAUGCAAUUUAGAAAACAAAAGUAUCGACUUCUAUUUUGAUUAUGCCGAGAAACUGUUUGAACAGAAAACAAUCGAACUUUUAGCUGAUAGAUUCAAAAAAAUUCUCAAGCAUUUAUUUGAUGUUUCAUCAAACUUCGACUUAAACGAAGAACAAUUAUUUAAACUAUCGAUUAUCCUGCCACAUGAAGAAAUGCUUAUCCAUAACAUCAAUCCACCAAGGCGAGAUUAA